CCUCUCAGACCCACCUGGUGCCCCUCACCCAGAACAACAAGCUGAGGAAGACACUAGCCCCUGUGGUGUAUGUCCAGUCAGACUGCGAGUCUGCGACCCUCGGGACGCCUAUGUGAGCGAGUUAAUGAAGCACAUCCAGGUUGAUUCCUAUGGACAAUGCCUCCACAACAAAGACCUGCCUCCACAUCUGAGGGACUUGACCGCCAUGGAGGAGCAGGCCUUCUACCAGAUCCUGGCCUUUGAGAAUGCCAUUUGUGAUGACUACAUCACCGAGAAACUGUGGAGGCCUCUCAAGCUCGGGGUGGUCCCCGUGGACCACAGGGCUCCCAUAGUUGCGGAGCAACAGGAGUUUGUGGUCGUCUUGGUCGAGCCCCCAGAAAAACUGGCUCUGUAUCUGAAGAGGUUAGAUGAGGUUAACGGGGAGUAUGCCAAUUAUCUGGAGAGGUAG